AUGUGGGUGAGUUGCAUUUUGAGAUCUGGGUUGCUGUUUGUCACCCUGUCUCUUGCCAUUGCUAAGCAGAAGCAAUCACCCUUUGCCGAAAGUUGUUACCCAAGGGGAACCCUGUCCCAAGCUGUUGAUAUGCUCUAUGUCAAGGCAGCAAGCCUCAGAGCAACGAUUCCAGAAGAUCGCAUAAAAAAUAUACGGUUAUUAAAAAAGAAAACAAAAAAGCUAUUUAUGAAAAACUGCAGAUUCCAGGAACAACUUCUGUCCUUCUUCAUGGAAGAUGUUUUUGGUCAACUCCAGUUAGAAGUUUGCAAGGAAAUGCACUUUGUGGAAGAAUUUCAUAGCCUUAGGCAGAAAUUGAGCCGCUGUAUUUCCUGUGCUUCAUCAGCUAGAGAGAUGAAAUCCAUUACCAGGAUGAAAAGAACAUUCUAUGAGAUUGGAAAGAAAGGAAUCUACAAAGCCAUCAGUGAACUGGAUAUUCUUCUUUCCUGGAUUAAACAACUCUUGGAAAGUAUUAAGUAA